UGAGGCUAGCGGCUUACUUCAUAAAAUCUAAAAAAUAAUCAAAUAAAAAAGGCAAACUGAAGGUUCUAUGGAGAUCAAAUAAAAAGCCUAUAAAUUCAUUUCUAUCACAUAUUUAAAAAGCAAAUAUAUUAUGCAAGUAUGAAUUGUUAAGAAACAAACAACCAACCUUCCUACGUUUGGAAAAAGAAAGCAAUAAAAUAUUCCUACGUAAGUAUGUAGUUCUCUUUGCUUCUCCUCAAAGUAUUCUUUGUUUAGGAACACAAAUUACUUCAAACACUUUUCAUGCAAAUAAAAUAUGUAUAUAUAUAUACUGUUGAAUGAUCCUAGGUCCAACCUAAUCUCAUGCAUCGUAAUAAAUUAAUGACUCUUAUAAAUCGCCCAAAACCAUUUCUACUUCUAGGUUUCUUGAUCGCAUGUCUGCUAUUAUGGGUCACAGAGGCUUCCGUUGUCUCAUCCGGAAAUUUCAAUGAAGACUUCCUCGUGACAUGGUCUCCUACCCAUGUUAACACCUCCAGUGAUGGUCGAUCAAGAACCCUUAAGCUCGAUCAAGAAUCUGGAGCUUCCUUUUCUUCCAUCCAGAUGUUCUUGUUCGGGAAAAUAGAUAUGAAGAUCAAACUAAUCCCCGGACCUUCUCAGGGAACCGUGGUUGCUUAUUAUAUGUCCUCGGAUCAGACAAACCGGGAUGAGAUAGACUUUGAGUUCCUUGGAAACGUUAACGGGCAGCCAUACAUUCUUCAGACAAACAUCUAUGCCGAUGGAAUUGAUAACCGUGAGGAAAGGAUCCAUCUCUGGUUUGACCCGACCAAAGACUUUCACACUUACUCGAUCUUUUGGAACAUUCACCAAAUUGUGUUUAUGGUGGAUCAAAUUCCUAUAAGAUUGUACAGAAACCACACGGAGAAAGGCGUGGCCUACCCAAGGUUGCAACCUAUGAGUGUAAAGGCGAGUCUAUGGAACGGUGAGAGUUGGGCUACACGCGGUGGGCGUGACAAGGUUGAUUGGUCAAACGGUCCAUUUGUUGCGUCCUUUGGGGACUACAAGAUAGAUGCUUGUGUUUGGAAUGGCAACCCAGAAUUAUGUAGAGAAGAGAGCAGUGAAAAUUGGUGGAACAAGAAUGAGUUUAGCUCUUUGACAAGAGUGCAAAAGAGAUGGUUCAAAUGGGUGAGGAAAUACCACUUGAUUUAUGAUUAUUGCCAAGAUUAUGCGAGGUUCCAUAACAAGCUCCCCAAGGAAUGUUCUCUUCCUAAAUAUUGAGUUUGCAUCUGUUCUUCAGCUUUUAUUUUUAUUUUUAUUCAUUUUAGGCCUUAAAUUUAAUUUAUAAAUGUGUUUGUUCUUCCUUAUAUUUUUUAUCUAUCAUUAAUAUAAAUAUUUGUUUUUAUUCA